AGCAAAAGCACUGCUCAGUUGCAUAUCCAUAUUUCAGGACAUGGAUUCAGCAGGAAAGCAGUCGAUGCUUCUCUUAUUUCUCCUGCUUUUGGAGCUUACAGCAUGCAUUGCAAGAGAUCUAUCAAGCAAGGGAUCGAGAGGAAUGCUAUAUCCUGAGAAGCCUCCUGUUAAGACUAUCAAGAGAGAAGAUGGAGAAUUGAUCGAUUGCAUCGACAUUUACAGCCAGCCAGCUUUCGGCCAUCCAGCACUUAAGAAUCACACGAUCCAGAUGGAACCGAGUUCACAUGCAGGAGGGACAGCGAGAAGGGAGACUUCAGAACACAAGGCAGAUUGGCGGAGAAGUAGAUGCCCUCCUGGCACGGUCCCCGUCCCAAGGGCUCCAAGCCCCAUCUCACCCUUUUUUACCUCCAAAUUUGUUGAUCGAAAGGGGUACGUUCACGAGCACGCCUACUUGUAUGAACGUGGAGUGUUUCACGGAACCCAAGCAAGAUUCAACGUGUGGAACCCACAGACGGAAGGGCAAGAUGAAGAGUUCAGUUUAGCUCAACUAUGGGUCAUGAAUGACGCAGAUGCCUCAAAUUUGAACACCAUUGAAGUUGGUUGGCACGUAUUUCCAUCCUUAUAUGGGGGGGACAGUCAGCCGAGGCUGUUCGUGUAUUGGACGAGAGAUGAUUACGGAAGCACAGGAUGCUACAAUCUCAAGUGCGCCGGAUUCGUUCAAGUGAGUAAUCAAAUAUCUCCUGGUAUGGCAAUAUCCCCAGUGUCAGCAUACGAAGGCGAACAAGUAUACAUCCACCUUUUAGUCUUCAAAGAUGCAGAGACUGGCAACUGGUGGCUGAAAUAUGAGGACAUAUACGUGGGCUAUUGGCCCGGUGGUCUUUUCACAACCCUUGCAGACGCAGCAAAUUUACUGGAAUGGGGAGGAGAGGUGGCCCGGCCGGCCAACGGCCCCCGCCUGGCCACCAAGAUGGGAAGCGGCCAUUUUUCGAGCGAAGGCGGCGAUGGCAUAUCUUGCUCUGUGAAGAACAUUGAAUGUUUGAAUGCAACAACCAAUGCCUUUGUCCAGCCAACUGCUGCAGUUGCAGUUGCAGAAGUGAAGAACUGCUAUGAUAUCAAUAAUGUUGGCAUCACGGCCACUGAUGGAUAUGUCAUCUACUUCGGAGGCCCAGGCAAAAGCGAUAUAUGCCAGUGAAAGAGUUUCACUGCAGUACUUACACCCUUAGUAGCGGACUCUUGGCUUCUAAAAGUCCUCUGAUUAUCAACAAUAAUGUCAGCAUGUUCACCUAUGACAACUAUUCACAUAUACAUGAUGUGAUCAUUUAAGCACUUUAGACUCAUGUUUAUCUGUAAUGUUUAAUGUCCCACUUUAAGGAGCUUGUCAUUGUUUAAGAACUUAUAAAUGGGAUUGUAAAAAAGGUUGG